AUGUCGAAGCCUUCGACAUCAAAGGCCCAGCCCCAGCAGCAGUUUGUGCUCCUUCAGGCUCCACAAGGUCAACAGCCUUCAACCUCUGCAGCCCUAAUGGCUUCCCCCGCCUUCAACCUCGUCUACAAAGCCAGCGGUUCCUUUCGCAGCUACAACCGGCAUGCCGGUAGUAUUAGAGCCAGAGGCCUCUCCUGGCUACGUAGCGGGUCAAGAGGCAGGGGGAUCCGCGGAGCAGAGGCUAUAAACCCACAACCAACCAGUGAGAAGUAUCAGGUAGGAGGGAGGCUAUACUGGUUCCGAGAUCAUUGGACUUUCAGCCCUUGGGCAUACAGCAUAAUCUCCAAGGGCCUGGGAUGGAAGUGGAAAGGAGGAUUCCCACCACCACCAGUGAACUUCUUCCAGACUCCAACAACGGACUUGAAAGAGUACACCAAAGAUCUCUUGCAGAAGAAAGCCAUAAAGAAAGUAAAGAGCCUAAAAUUUCAAGGACGUCUGUUCACUGUCCCAAAGAAGGACUCAUUCAAAAGAAGAGUCAUUUUAGACUUGUCCAAACUCAAUUCUUACAUUCUUUGCGACAAGUUCCGCAUGCUAACAGUCUCGCAGGUGCGGACAUUACUUCCCCGUGGGGCCGUCACCACCUCUAUAGAUCUUACAGACGCUUACUAUCAUGUUCCGAUAGCAAGGAACUUCUCUCCAUACCUAGGCUUCCGUCUAGGCAACAAGGCGUAUUCAUUCAAAGUCAUGCCAUUCGAGCUCAACAUCGUGCCCAGAAUUUUCACCGAACUAGGAGAGACAGUAGUUCAUGAACUCAGGACCCGAGGAAUAAUGCUGGUAGCCUACCUAGACGACUGGCUCAUUUGGGCAACCACAAUCGAGGAAUGCCGCAGGUCAACUGCCAAAGUCAUAGAAUUCUUAGAGCUUCUAGGAUUUCAAAUAAACAAGGAGAAGUCGCGGCUGGAACCAGCUUCCCACUUCCAAUGGUUGGGAAUCCAAUGGGACCUGGAGAAUCACAAGCUAUCCCUUCCACCCAAGAAGGCCAAGGAGAUAGCAACGGCUAUGAAACGAUUUCUUAUGAACAAAAAGGCCUCUCGAUGUACCCAAGAGGAUCCUCGGUUCACUACAAUUUGUGUCAGUAACAGACGUCCUACUGAAAGCCAGAUUGAAAGAUAUCAGUCGUGUCUGCAAGAGGAGAGCCAACAACCAUCUCAGAGACAAACUCUCAGUAAUUCCAUCCAUACUAGCAGAGAGACUUCACCCAUGGUCGAAACUCAAGAAUUUGACCAAGUCAGUGCCACUGCACUUCCCUCCCCAUCUGUGACGAUUCAUACAGACGCUUCACUGAGUGGUUGGGGGGAUACUCUCAGCACAAGAAAGUUCAGGGAACAUGGUCAAACACGUUCCGCCAGUUCCACAUCAAUGUAUUGGAAGCCAUGGCAGUUUUUGUAA